AUGGCCAAUAGUUUGGAUUUCAAGGGCAAAGUAGCCGUCAUUACGGGCGCGAGCAGUGGUAUCGGUGAAGGAGUUGCCAAAUAUUUGGCCGAAUUGGGCGCUCAAGUGGUCAUCACUGGCCGUAACGCCAAUAAUCUAAACCGUGUGGCGAAAGCAUUGGAAGUGGUGGCCGACAUCACCAGAGAAGAGGACGCCCGACGUCUGGUCGAGGAGACGAUCGCCGCCUUUGCACGCAUUGAUAUACUGGUGAACAAUGCGGGCCAGUCGUGGCCGACGUCCAUAUUUGAUCCCAAAGUGGUUCAAAACUUUGACAAUGUUAUGGAUCUGGACCUG